AUGCCAACCCCGACAUCGACGACGACGACAACGUCAACCGUCGGCGGAUUCAACCUAGCAGCAUCUCUGGCAGCAACAACACCAGCUUCAUCGGCAUCACCACAACUUCCACUGUUGCCAUUAUCUAUACCCCAGUCGUCGUCAGCGUCAGCUACAGCGUCGUCGUCAUCGUCAGUAGCAGCAACAUCGACGACAACAACUGCAUUGACGUCCCUAUCUGCAACGGCAUCGACAACAGUGAUUUCAUCAUCGACGACAUACAGCCAGCUUGAAGAUUUGAUUAACAAGUGGACCACCGAAUUGCAGGAGCAGGAGAAAUUGUUCCUUCACCAGGCUACAUUUGUAAACGCUUGGGAUAGAGUACUCAUGGAAAAUGGUGAAAAAAUAACUCAAUUAAACUUGGACCUGGAGAAAAUGAAGAUGGACCAGAGCAGACUAGACGAGGAUCUGGAUUUCGUUUUGGGCCAACAGAAUGAGCUAGAAGAAAUCCUAAAGCCAUUGGAGGAGAAAGUUGGGUCCUUGCAAAAACCCCAGGGCUACUAUGUGGCCCAUGCUGAUAUUGAGAGGGAUCAAAUAUACAGACUUGCCGAGAGCACAGACGGACAGCUGAAAGUCUUAUCCAGUAAGCUGAAAGAAAUCAUUGACCACAUCAACGUUAACGAAGGAGGGGAUGAUGACAAUAACGAUAGCAUUCGCCAGAUAUCAAAGAUAUUAAAUGCACAUACAGAUUCUCUUCAAUGGAUAGAUAGAAAUACAGGUAUGUAUGUAUGUAUGUAUGUAUGUAUGUAUGUAUGUAUGUAUGUAUGUAUGUAUGUAUGUAUGUAUGUAUGUAUGUAUGUAUGUAUGUAUGUAUGUAUGUAUGUAUGUAUGUAUGUAUGUAUGUAUGUAUGUAUGUAUGUAUGUAUGUAUGUAUGUAUGUAUGUAUGUAUGUAUGUAUGUAUGUAUGUAUGUAUGUAUGUAUGUAUGUAUGUAUGUAUGUAUGUAUGUAUGUAUGUAUGUAUGUAUGUAUGUGUGUGCGUAUGA